AUGAACACAAGACACUCUACGAUAUGCACAGCCAGGCUUUCAAUCCCAUUAUCGAAUCGCAUCAACUUUAAUAAAUUAGAAAAAGAAGCAAAUUCAAGCGUCAUCCGACAUGGCUGGUGGCAUGUUGAUAUCAUCCCCCCUCGAAUCUCCAAGAAAAAACACCCCCGCGCACUAUUCCGUAUACCACCAACCUGGGCCAAGCCGGGUGCUACAGCCAGGCUCGAAACGGCUUUCAGCGCCGAAGCCGGUCUGCUUGGCGAAGGGACCUAG